UUUUUAAGUUUGAUUUUUCUUUUAUUGAUUUUUUCUUUCCUUUUUCAUUUGUUUUUAACCACUUCUUUUUCCGCGUUUAUUUUUGUACUUUUUUGUAUUUCCUUUAACUUCUCUUUAUUUAAAUUUUGUUUUCACUAUUUUUUUAGUUUUUUUUUUAAUUUUGUUGAAUUUUUGAAGUUUAUUAAGGUCAGUUAUUAAAUGAUUUAUCAAUUAAGAUUUUGCCCGGCCCUGAAAAACUUUCUUUUUUUUCCAAAGAAAGAAUAAAUUUUGCGGACCAUAUAGAUCAGUAGUUUUUUUGGUAAAAUAUAGGCAAUUUCUUUCAAAUUAUUAACUUGUGUAUCUAAGUUUUUUUCUAUAUCAUCUUUUUUUUUGUUCUAAUGUCGACCGUUUUUUUCUUUUUAUGAAGGCCCCCGUUAGUUUCUAAUCAUUUAAUAGUGUAGUUAAUUUUUGUUUUACAAUUUGCCUUUUUUUAAUUGUAAGGUUGUUUCACCUGGAGCAUUUUUAAACGCUUUAGCGGGGGUUAAACGAAUAAAAAGAAUAAAAGAAAGCAUUUCAAUAGCGGAGACGCAGGUUCGUCUCCUUUCCGGCGGCUAAACUUUUGCUUAAUUUUUUAGGUUAAUUUUUUGCCGUGUACUUUUUCAAAAAUUUCAAUUUUGUUUUUAAAAUUCUUUUGGAGUUUUUUGCAGUUUUUUUUUGUUUUAAGUUUUUUUUCAAAUGUGUAAAUUUAAAAAAUAUUUUGGGAAUUUUUUCGCGGUGACAUAUUUUAUAUUUAGUCUUGAAUUUGAAACUUUUUAAUAAUUUUGACUUUUUUUUUUGAAAAAUAUUUUUUUGUUUAAAUGUGUAAUUUUUUUUCGAAUGAAUUUAAUAUUUGAAAAAAUGUGAUUUUUAGUUUCUGCAAAAUUUUUAGUUUAAAAUGAACAAUUUUAAAGCACUAAUUUUUCAAUACAAAAACAAACUUUUUUUACAAAUUCACUUCUCCUUAAAUUUUUUCUAUAUUUUAUUCUUUCUUUUUGGUUUUUUUAGCUCUGAAGAGUUUGUUUACUUUUUCCGCGCUUUAAUAUUAUAUAGUUUUUGGUGCGUUUUUUUUUUUGUUUUGGAUUUUCGCACUGAAAUUUUUAUUAAUUCUGAUUUAGUUGGUUUGUUUAUUUUUUGAUUUAAGUUUUUUUUGACAAAUUUUUUAUGUUCAACUUAUUAAUUUAAAUUUCUGAUUCUCUUUUCGAACCCCACUUUCUUUUUUUCUUAUUUUUAUGCAUAUUUUUAAUAAUGUGUUUGGCCCAACAUUAAAACAAUAUUUAAAGUUGCUUUUUUUUUGUUUUUGUUUUUUCUAAAAUUUGCUUAUUUUUUAUUUUUGCUUAUUCUUUUUAUUAUAUUUAUUUAUUAUUUUUAGCUUUUCUCUUUUUUUCUUCUUUAUUAUAUAAUUAUUAUCUUUUUAAUUUUGCUUCAUUUUCUUGAAUUUUUUAAUACUAAUUUAACAAAGUUCUCUUACAUAUUUUUUAACUGGAUUUUAGGUUUGAAAAAACGUUUUUUCUUUUUGAUUUUGUGUAAUAAAUUUUGUGCUUUUUCCUUUUUUUACCUUUUUUGCUGCACUUUUUUUUGUCAAUGCUAUUAUGCAAAUUUUUUUAUUUUUAAAUUUGUAGAUUUUUUAAAA